AUGGAAGAGAGUGGUAUUGACGACUAUUCCGACUAUUUCACGACCUAUUCUGUGCGGCCGUAUCCCACAGUCGGAGUAGAUAAUGCUCCGUUCGCCUGUGCCGCCUCUUCUCCGCCUCACUUCCAUGUCCGCUUCUCUCACCAGACAGUUGACGACAGUGACGAUGGAGAAUACGAGGAAGAAUUACGAACCAUCUGCCUGAGCGACGACGAUCUGGCGGAGGAAUCGGGAGACGACUGUCGGAGCUUCAUCUUCUCCGAAGGGCUGUGUUACUGGCCUAUUGACGCCGGCACCGUCCUUGAUAUCGCCGACGAGGUGAACGAGAAAGUGUUGCAGUUUAAGUGUGAUCUUCGGGUUGAGAUACAGUCGGUUCAGAUACGAGGUUCCGACGACGUUCAAGAAACGUACGAGGAUGAUCGAGAUUUUGGAGCGGCGGCGCGGGGAGUAAAUGGCGGCGCCGCCGCCUCAGAUGGCGGUUUCGUGAUCAUCAAGUCACUAAAGAGGAAGAGAAUGGCGUACGAUGAGAGGGAUGGUGGUUGUUGCGUUAUUUGCUUGGAGGUGUUAACGGCGGGGAUAGAUGUGGUGGGUGUUAUGCCGUGCAGCCAUUGCUCCUUUCACCACGACUGCCUCUCAUCUUGGCUGGAGAGAAGCCCUUCCUGCCCUCUCUGCCGUCGCAAGAUGCCUGCUGCCGCCGCGGAUUCUACUUCUUAA